CCAGGCAACACCACCUCCCUUCGCCGUCUUCCUUGUCUCUCUCCUUCGCUCUCGUGCGGGGGACUGCGCUCAAGAUUUCGCAGAGAGCUGUGUCAUCAUCUUCGACUGUUGCUUCUCGCUGCGAAUGGUUAUGUCGGUCUUGGUCCUUGUCCGGCUCUAUCUUCUCCGACUUUCUGCGCGGUGCAAUCGCUCGGGGAUAGCUCGGCAUUGAGAUUGCCGUGAUCGCUCCUGUUCGUCGUCGUUCCGUCGGUCCGAAUCGAUCCCGACGCCGCGCCAGUUCCGAGAGGUCAGUCGAAGCUUUGAAAUACAUUGUGUAUUGGCUCUUCGCGGGCUUCCGUUCUCUGGCUUUGUUUCUGCGUCGGCCUUGAUCGCUCGAACAGGUUCCUUUUCGCCAUUGUAGGUUAGGUUCGACCGGGCGGAGUCAACGCGCGCGCGCGAGAGAGAGAGAGAGAGAGAGAGAGAGAGAGAGAGAGAGAGGGGUGUUGAGUGUUGGCUGAUCUUCUAAAUCUCGUGAGGCUCGUGAGGGGAAAAUGCCUCACAGGACGACUUACUUCUUCCCGAGGCAAUUCCCAGACCACCAACAACAACAUCAGCGAGGAUGCGAUGCAUCUCCCAACAAGCAGCUGUCAGGUCACGAAAAGCAGAAAAUCAACUCGUCCACCACCUGCACAUCCACGGGCUUCGCGAGCAUCGUCAACAGUGGUGCCAUUAGGGACAGCUUUAACAUCGAAAGCGACGGCAAGUCGGUCUCAAAGCGCACGGUCGGGAAAUAUCCACCUGUAUCCGAUCUCUUCACGGACGAGACAGUCGAUUUCAACAGCAACCAACACAACAGCAAAAAGCAACAACUGGCGACUUUUUUCGACUGGUUUGUUGAGAGAAAAGGAGAGAAGAUCAGAUCUUCGUCGUCAUCGUGUCAUGUGAAAUCGAGGUUGUCCUCCAGCGACGACUACGACCGCGAGCCUCUGUUGCCUCCAACGCCGGCAGAGCCAGUCCCGGUUCCGAUUGAGGUCGCUGUCUCGGACGCUAUCAAGGACCGGAGUAUUGACCGGAACUUCGACCGGCAGGUGUCGUUGCCGAGGCUGUCGAGCGGGAGUAGCUAUGCACCGAGCUUUUUCUCGGGGACGACUUUGGACGGGAAUGUGUCGAGCGAUGUUAAGGACUCUCUUUUACGAAUCGAGUCAUCUCGGACGAGGCAGGAGGAGGAGGAGGAGGAGCGUGGUAAGAAGAGCUUGGCUCAGAGAACUAGGGAGAGCUAUUACCUGCAACUCAGUUUGGCUAGGAGACUGACUUCGCAAGCGAGCCUUUCUAUUGAGCCCGCGCUUCUGCAAGCGAGCGCGCCCGAGGACUGUACCAAUGCAGAGACCGUCUCGUAUCGUCUCUGGGUUAGUGGGUGCUUAUCAUACGCUGACAAAAUAUCUGAUGGGUUCUAUAACAUCUUGGGCAUGAAUCCAUAUUUGUGGGUUAUGUGCAACGACUUAGAGGAGGGAAGAAGGCUGCCAUCAUUGAUGUCGCUUCAAGAGGUCAAACCUGGCGGUUCAUCCAUGGAGGUUGUUCUUAUUGAUAAACGCGGGGAUUCACGUCUUAAGGAGUUGGAAGAUAAAGCACGAGAACUGUUUUCUGAUUCAGAGAAUACUGUAGUCCUGGUUAAGAGACUGGGCAAGCUUGUUGCCAUCUCAAUGGGGGGAAAUUUCCCGGUGGAGCAAGGUGAUCUCCACGAGCGCUGGAAAGUGGUUAGCAAGAGAUUGAAGGACUUCAAUAAGUGUAUAGUUUUUCCCAUUGGUAGCCUGUCUAUGGGUCUCUGUAGACAUCGAGCCAUCCUUUUCAAGAAAUUGGCAGACAACAUUGGAUUGCCAUGCCGGAUAGCUCGAGGUUGCAUGUAUUGUACGACAGAUCAUCAGUCAUCUUGUCUUGUCAGAAUUGAAGAUGAAAGGAAAUUAUCUAGGGAAUAUGUGGUCGAUCUUGUUGGGGAACCAGGAAAUGUUCAUGGUCCUGAUUCGUCAAUCAAUGGGUACUUUUUUUCUUUGACGCCGUCACUAUUCCAAGUUUCUCAUCUGAGAGAUUUUCAACAACCUUAUAUGGACGAAGCCUCAUCAUGUCAAAUUUUAAGUUCUGAGCGAUGUGGUCUUCCUGAAGAUUCCCAUUCAGGCAUUUGGGAAGAAGGUGAUACGGGGAAAAUGACCUUUUCUGGAGCAGAAAGAUCAGCGAUGCCUUUGGCAUUAAAACAUAAUAUAAAUUGUUCUAUUUACAAUAAUCCAGUACGAUCCUCUCUCCAGUUAAACGUAUCUGACGUUUUGGAUGCUUCUACUGGAGCAUCAACAAUUGAUUCUCCUAAGCAAGUUCAGGGAAAAUAUAUCACGCACCAAACUUACAGAAAAGAGAUCACUAUAGCUGGCAACCAAAGUGCCAAGGACACUGCCAAGGAACUUAAUGUAAGUCUCUCCAAUCAGUUGGAUUUGCAGGAGUUGGAGAGUAGAGGGAACUUUUCUGCAAUUACUGUUCCAAGAUUCGUGAAUCUUGAACCUUCGCUUGCAAUGGACUGGCUCGAGAUCUCGUGGGAAGAGUUGCAUAUUAAGGAACGUGUUGGUGCUGGCUCCUUUGGGACUGUGCAUCGGGCAGAGUGGCAUGGAUCGGAUGUUGCUGUCAAGGUUCUAACAUUGCAGGAUUUUCACGAUGAUCAGUUGAAGGAAUUUCUACGAGAGGUUGCAAUAAUGAAACGCGUGCGGCAUCCAAAUGUGGUUCUUUUCAUGGGAGCAGUCACAAAGCAUCCGAAUCUGUCAAUAGUGACAGAGUAUCUUCCAAGGGGUAGUCUCUAUCGUCUUAUCCACAGACCAGCCUCUGGGGAGAUGCUGGAUCAAAGAAGGCGGUUACGAAUGGCAUUGGAUGUGGCCAAGGGGUUAAAUUAUCUCCAUAAUUUGAGUCCUCCCAUUGUUCACUGGGAUCUAAAAUCUCCAAAUCUGCUGGUUGAUAAAAACUGGACGGUGAAGGUAGCCGAUUUUGGCUUGUCGAGAUUUAAAGCAAACACAUUCAUAUCAUCAAAAUCUGUUGCAGGAACACCCGAGUGGAUGGCUCCGGAAUUUCUUAGGGGUGAGCGGUCAAAUGAGAAAUCCGAUGUUUAUUCUUUUGGAGUGAUUUUAUGGGAACUUGUGACAAUGCAACAGCCUUGGAGUGGACUUAGCCCAGCCCAGGUCGUUGGGGCUGUUGCUUUCCAGAACAGAAGACUAGCCAUUCCACAGAAUACCUCCCCUAUGCUGGUUUCCUUGAUGGAAUCUUGCUGGGCUGACGAUCCUGCUCAGCGCCCAUCUUUUGCCAGCAUUGUCGAUUCGCUGAAGAAGCUGUUGAAGUCUCCAGCACAGUUCAUCCAAAUGGGCAGUGGGACAGCACAGAAGCUCUAAGUACUUUUUGCAUCCCAAAGACCGAUUGAAUCUGGGUAUGUCUAAUUGGUGCAGUAGCUCCGAU